GAAAACCCAACAGUAUUCAGUGUGUGUUUGGCAAACAACAAAUUUUGUGGCCAAAUCAAUAAAUUGGAGCGUGCGAGAGCGAGCGCUGCGCAAAAGAGAAACGAAACCCGCAGCAAGCAACGCAUAGAGGAGGAAAAAAGCAGCACCAAAAACAAAACACAAGCCUGCCGCCCAGACAGCCAAUCAGCCAAAAGUCAUCCAAUCCAGUCCGUCCAGUCACAAAAGAACUCUCCAGAGAGGCACACCACAAACACACACAAUACACACCCACAGUCAAGCCCACAUUCCAGACAAGUAAACCAGAAAUGCGUUAGAUAUAAGAGCGAAAUUCGAUUCCAAAUCUGAAUCCAUCCGUUAAGAUGAGAGCCCCUGGCUUGCUGCUUGCCUAUGCUCUAAUCAGCGCCUGCUGCUUGACGCUUUGUGCCGCCUGCUCAUCGCGACCCAUGCCCAAGCCCCGUCCGGAGGCGCCGCCCAGCACAGAGGGACCAGGAGCAGGAGCCGUGCCAACACUGCCGCCGGAUAAUGUGGCCAUAACGACGCCGAGGCCAAACAUCACUUUUCCCACUUUCAAGUGCCCGCCGACGUAUGCUGCCUGGUACUGCCUCAACGAUGCCACCUGCUUCACCGUGGAGAUCCACAACGAUAUAUUGUACAACUGCGAGUGCGCUUUAGGAUUCAUGGGACAGCGGUGCGAGUACAAGGAGAUCGACGGCUCCUAUCUACCCACGCGGAAUCGUGUGAUGCUGGAGAAGGCCAGCAUCGUGAGUGGCGCUACCUUGGCGCUGCUCUUCAUGGCCAUGUGCUGUGUGAUCCUCUACAUGCGGCACGAGAAGCAGCAGAAGCAGAAGCUAAACGACAGCGGCACCGAAGUGGGCGAUGUGGCGGGUGGCGGUGGCUGCCUGAACGAUGGCAUGGACGAGGUGGACAGCCACAAGCCGAUGCGCUCAGCCCGACGACCGUUCGCGCCUUGCCGUAUACUCUCGCUGGAGGAAGCCCACUACCAGGCGCUGGCCUGGAAACUGCAAAACUUUUAACUGAAACUGAAAACAAAACCGAAACUAAUGAUCGAACAAGUGGUUUUUAUUUAUUGAAUGUCUAACAUGUUUAACCGUCCCGUCUGCUGUUUUAUUGUAUGUUCUUUUAACCUAUUUUUUUGACAACGAUUCGAUAACGACUAGAUAUAGUUUAAAUAAUAGUAUUAAGUGCCCACUGAUGUGCCUCUAAAAUGAUAGCAGAAGUAUUAAUGAGAUGAGAGCAGAUGCUGGCUCUCCGCGAGAGUUUAGAGUUAAUCCAAUGCAAUUUUGGCAGCUAGCCGACCAUUUAUUUAUUAUUAAUUUAACUUGGCUAAAUGCGCGUAAACUAUUAACAUUAAUAAAAGCUGGAACGAAAGAGCUAAACUUUGAAACUAA